CGAAGGGCUGUUCAGGCGGAGGCGCUUCAUCAUCAUCGCACAAAAUGGCAGCCAGCGUCCGCAAAGUCGCGACUCGCCUGCCCGUUGUAGUGAUUCUAGGAGCUACUGGCGCCGGGAAAUCCAAACUGGCCAUAGAUAUUGGAACUAGGAUGAACGGAGAAAUCAUCAGUGCAGAUUCCAUGCAGGUGUACAAGGGACUAGACAUCAUUACAAACAAGGUAACAGAGGAGGAACAGCGGGCAUGUGUGCAUCACGUGCUGGACGUUGUCAGCCCACUACGACGCUUUACCGUGGUGGACUUCAGAAACAGGGCGCUUCCCAUCCUUGAAGACAUCCUGGACAGACAAAGACUGCCCAUCAUUGUUGGGGGAACCAACUAUUACAUUGAGUCUCUGCUGUGGAAGGUGCUCAUCAGCCCACCGGAGGAUCAGGAGGAGAGCGGCCUGCUGUUUGACCGUGAGGAUGCAGCAGAUGAGAUGAUGACAGAUGCAGACCUCCACUCCCAGCUGGCAGCAGUGGACCCUGCCAUGGCUGAUCGGCUCCACCCCAACGACAGGAGGAAAGUGGCCAGGAGUCUGCAGGUGUUCCAACAGACAGGUGUUCCCCACAGCACCCUUCUACAGGAACAGUCCAUGCAGGAGGGGGGUGGGCCUCUGGGGGGGCCCCUCAGGUACACCAACACUUGCAUCCUCUACCUCUCCUGCCGGCAGGAAGUUUUAGAUGAACGCCUUGACAAGCGUGUGUACACCAUGUUGGAACAAGGCUUACUGGAUGAGCUUGCUCAUUUCCAUUCGGAAUACAACAAGGAGAUAGUUGAUGCAAACAGACAAGACUACACACGAGGUAUUUUCCAGUCUAUUGGAUUUAAGGAGUUCCACAAGUACCUGUUGCUGGAGGAAGGACAGAGAUCAUCGGACAUCGGUCAGCAGCUUCUGCAGGAGGGUGUCGCUGCGCUGAAGACGGUCACCCGACGCUACGCUCGCCGACAAAUCAAAUGGAUCAGAAACAGAUUUCUAAAACGUCCAGGUGGGAAUGUGCCGCAGGUGUUCCAGGUGGACUCCACCCACUACCCUGACAGGUGGGAGGAGGACGUCCUUCAGCCGGCACUCAGCAUCGUCCAGGCCUAUGUACAGGGUAAGGACCCCCCAGUUUCCCCUGUACCUUAUGAAGAGCCCAGACGUGUGGACAGAUAUACCGCGUACACGUGUGAGGUGUGUGGAGGGAGAAUCAUCACAGGACAGCUCAGCUGGGAAGCUCACGUGGCCUCGCGGUCCCACCAGAGAAAGGCGCGGCGGCAGCGGUUGCGUGAGGCGAUGAAACAGCAUCAGCUUGAUAACACUCAGCAAUCCAGUGAGGCAAGUGCUAGCUCAGGGGAAGACGACUUUGCUCAGUCAUUAAGUGCAAUGUUAGAGGAUAAAAAAGACUGAAAUAAGUGAAUGUCAACCUGUGAAAACUUUGUUGCACUUUUGUUAAGCUAUGAUAAUUUCACAUACCAGUAGUCUUCUAUGUUAACUGUUCUUUCCAUCCAUGUCACAAAAAAGAAACUUAAAAAAAGUUAACCUAUUGGACAGAUGAACAUUUCAAGUCAAAGGCAAGUAUAAUAUUUAUUCAGACUCUACCUAUGUAUAAUCUUUAUGUUUAAUUUGACCACAAAAUGAAAACUAUUUUAGUAUUAGAUCAGUUUCUCUUCAAGAUGACUGAAAACUUUGUUCUGAAGUUGCUCAGAAAGCUGUUUUGUUAGCCUUUCAUUACAGUGUACAUACACGGCUUACUAGAAUGUACAUAUUUCCUAUUUUAUGUAUGGUAGCUUUAAAGAGGCCGGACAUAUGAUGUAUUAUAAUUGGCAUAGUAGAUCUUCCAAAGAACGCAAGAAGAUAAACCUGACUUUUGAAACACUACUAAGGAGAAAAAAGUAUACGUUGUAGGUCCAGAUAUUGCCAAAAAAGGAAUAAAUCAAGUGUUGUAUUAGA